ACAGUGAAGGAGUCUGAGAGGGGAGUCUGAGGAGGAGGAGGACGCCAUUGCUGCAGCUGGCCGUCUGUGAUUGAGGACAAACGUGAUCAAACUUCACAAUGUCGAGGGGGCUUUUCGGACAUUAUUCACACUCAGCACGCUAUUACUGAGUAAUACUUUGAAAUUGGACCAGUAGGAUGGACGGUUUGUCUUUGAGUAGGACACAAUGUGGAGCAACAGCGCCAAACCAGAGCAGUCUCCAACCGUCCCUUCACCUGUGUGGUGGCCCAGCCUGUCACCAUGAACAACAGUAGGAACUGUACCUCGGUGGGGCAUGGGGAGGGUCUGGCUGCCCUGGAGUCCGUCUCCAUCGUGACCAUCACACUUCUCGCUGGCCUGGGGAACUUCAUGAUCGUAGCGACCCUCUAUCGCAGGCCUUAUCUGCUCACACCCAGCAACAAGUUUGUGUUCAGCCUGACCCUGUCCAACCUGUUGCUGUCCAUGCUGGUGCUGCCAUUCGUGGCAGUGAGCUCGGCAAAGAAGGAGUGGGUGUUUGGGGUGGUGUGGUGUAACUUCACUGCCCUGCUGUACUUACUCAUCAGCUCGGCCAGUAUGCUCACCCUCGGAGCUAUUGCCAUUGACAGGUACUAUGCUGUGCUUUACCCAAUGAUCUACCCCAUGAAGAUCACAGGAAACCGGGCAGUCGUCGUCAUCGCAUACGUGUGGCUACACUCCCUGGUGGGCUGCCUGCCUCCUCUGUUUGGGUGGUCCUCCUUCGAGUUUGACUGCUACAAGUGGACCUGCGUUGCUUCUUGGCACAAAGAGCCCAGCUACACGGCCUUCUGGGUCACCUGGUGCAUCCUUCCCCCCUUAUUCAUCAUGCUGGCCUGUUACGGUGUAAUCUUCCGUGUUGCACGCAUGAAAGCCAGGAAAGUACACUGUGGGACGGUUGUUGUGACCAACGACGGCUCCAAUGGAGCUCAGAAGAAUGGACGAAAAAACUCAAGCACCUCGACUUCUUCUAAUGGGAGCCGGCGGAGCCUGGUGUAUGCAGGGAGUCAGUGCAAGGCCUUUGUCACCAUCUUAGUAGUCAUCGGCACCUUCUUUAUAUCAUGGGGGCCAUAUGUUGGGGUGGUGUGUACGGAGGCUAUUUGGGGACAAGGGAGUGUUUCUCAGGGACUGGAGACUUUGGUAGCGUGGCUCUCUUUCUGCAGCGCAGUGUGCCACCCGCUCAUCUACGGUCUGUGGAAUAAAACGGUGAGGAAGGAGCUGCUGGGGAUGUGUUUUGGAGAUCGCUACUACAGGGAGUCAUUCGCUACGCGGCAUAGAACGUCCCGCCUCUUUAGCAUCUCCAACAGAAUAACAGAUUUGGGUAUGUCGCCCCACCUGACAGCCAUGCUUGCGGGCGGAGGGCAUCUCCUGGCCCCGGGGAGCAGCACGGGGGACACCGGCUUCAGUUACACUCAGGACUCAUGUACAGACGUGAUGCUGCUGGAUAACUUCUCCACAGACGGGUCCUCCCAACUACAGAACCCCUGCAAUCCGUCCGGGAAGAGGAGGAGCUCCGUCACUUUUGAAGACCAAGUGGAGCAGGCCAAAGCUGAAAACAACAACACAUCCUCAGUUCAAAUCCACACACAGGAACACGAAUCUCUCGACAACUUCGCAUCAUGUUUGGCGAUGGCCAUAGAGAGCGACGCUAAGCUCACCAUGUUCGGCGAGGGUCUGCCUUUACCGGGGGGACUGUUUACGACUAGGGCAGCACCGAGACCCAGAUACCUGGACGGUCAGAGACUAAGGCUGGAAAGUAUCGACGAAGGGAUCGUUAAAGAUGACAGAGAUGAAGAAGAGCAGGACAUGGAGGAAAAACUGGCCUGAACACAGCAGGUCUGUACAUUUGUUUAAACACGUUUAUAGACUGCGAGCUGUGGUGCAUUUGAUGAAGUCUGAUCUCUCUACAUAUGGGUACUCAAUACUUGAAAUGAUUAGUGAAGAGCACGGUAUUCAUUCCACUACGCUGGACCAAUUACACACCAGCAGUGUCUUUGCAAGCUUUGUUAUGAUUCAUGUAAUCAAAUAGGAAGCCUUUUACUACUGUAACCGUAAUGAUCCGAUUGCUGUAGUGAUCUUUAUUCUAUGUUUCUAGUGAAGUCUAAAAUCCAGCGUACUUUUCUAUUAUUCUUAUUUGUCGUCUGCUGCCACACAAUUUGCAGCGUCAAUAUGAAAUACACACAAAAAAUAAUAAUGAUAUGUUUGUGAUCGUAAGGGCUGUAUCCGAAUAUUCGUUCGUUGGAGUACUAUUCGGGUUUCAAUUUCGUUAUUCGUAUUAUUUUUUUAAUUGAAUUUAUUGAAAUCUCCAAUAUCAACGUAAGAGCUUGUGCCUCUUCGGGGGGUGCUAACACCUAACCGUUUACUUUCUCCGUCUUUAUAUGUAGAUCUCCGUUAAUCUCCGUCACGUUGUUUCCAUAGCAACAACAACCGAAUAUCCGGAACAGCCCUAAUGAUCGUAAACAUUGGUUCAUUGUCACACAUUCUCGUGGCUUACUAGGACAUUGUUCAAAAUGAGGAACCCCUGAGCUUUUCCAACGAUGAGUCUAAAAGUCGGGUGGGAAAAAGGCUUCAUAGCGUGGAUUGUAAACAAAGCUGCCUGUAGAUGUUGACUGAAGUCUUUCCAGGGGCUAUUUUAACUUCUACCCCAAUGGAUGCUAGGACAACAUCCCAAUCUUGACCCUGAUAGGAGUUAAUGUGUAUAGGAAAUGCAUGUUUAAAGGUAAACUGUGUAUUUGAAUUCCUUAUAAGAAAACCUCAACCGUGAAAAAGUGUGUAUGUGUUGCUCAGGCCUGAUGGUAUCUGCAGUGAGUAUAAUUAGAAAGUCCUGGCAUUUCAUGAUUAUUUGUUAAGUUAUUGCACUUGAACAUGCAGCGUGUGCUUGUUCUCAUAGAAACCACUCAACCAGUAAAGGCAAUUAUUACUGUGUGUUCAGUCGUUUUGGCUCACUGCCCGAGGUAGGGCCCGAGCUGUGAUGUAGUGAACAGGACAUUAGGUAACAAUCAGAUGUAAUCAUUUAGAAAAGACUGUUAUAUUAAUGCACAAGCAAAGUCCCACAUUUCAUUAUAUUAUGCUUAUUGAGAAGCAUACACGGACCAUAUCAGAAAUAAAUCCCUGUUUAUCUUUUAAAUCAAAA